GAUAGUCAAAAAGAAUCUGUGUGAUGUUAAAUUCAUUACUCUUUAAGUUACAAUCUGCGUCAAAAUAUAUAUUACUAUUCUGGCUUUACCAUUCCCUUUUGAAAAGACAGUGAGGAGACUGAGACUGGAGGAUGCAUCAGCAACUGCAUGUGUUUACGACUCGUUCAUUUGAGAUUUAGAGUGGCCUUCAGAUGGAUGAUUGUGAUGCCUUAUGAUGAUAAUGCAUUGUGUCACUGGAUAACAAUCUCUGACCAAACAAAGGGACAACGCUCUCCAAACGUGUUAUGUAGCACUAAGGGAGGGAACUGUAGGUUUUUCAAUACACCUCUUGAGGUUUCCUUUUCUAUCUGUAAACUAUCUGCAUAAUACAAUACAAUACAAUACAAUACAAUACAAUAUGAAGAGUCAACACAAGUACUCCAAUCCUUUCAAUACUGAUUGGACAAACUCAGUAUUGUUUUCUCCAAACCCAAAUCUAAUUUGUGGAGACUGGAGCAACAACUCACUUUUGAUUAUGUGGUGUGGAUCAUUCUGAAGGACUUUGUUGUGAUGUGUCAUAACUGGGUUUACCAACCCAUUUAGCUGAGUUGAAAUUUACAUAUUGAAGGAGCUUUUCCUUUUUUGUGGCAUUUGCCUUUUUGUGGAUAGUGUUAGGGACCUCACAUAAAUUGACUGUUUUCGUCUAACAACGUAAAAGGAGGGCAUACAUGCUCAGACCAAAAAAGCACACUCUACACCCCUCAUGCAUACAUAUACAUAGCCUGCGCACAGAGAGAAAGAGAGCGAGUGAUGGGGUCACUCAUGGUGUUUCUGCAUUGGUAGCGGGGGAUGUCCGCUCAUAAUCCCCAAGGUUUCUAUUGAUUUCCACCACGCUACGCGAGGGCUUCGGCAAACCAACGCAAAUGAGAAAUACUGAUGAAGGAAGGACUGAAAAAAACAAUCAAAGGAAACAUCACAGAAACCCUUGAGUUGUGGUGUCCACCAGCCAAUGGAGAGUACCAGAUGUAGGACACGUCUACACCUAGACAUAGAUCACGCCAGGUCUCUUGAAAGGAGGUGAGAGGAGAACACCAGACACUGAUAGCGGAGCUGGAGCGAGGGCAGGUGUGAGUGGUGACCGUCCUCAUUACGGAGUGGAGCUGAGUCAGGUGGAGAUCACCUGUUGCCCUUAGGGGCUGUCUAACUGAGACGCUGCUGGAUCCAUCCCCAAGCACCCAGCAGGCCCAGUGUGUGGUCUGCACUUCCCCGAAUCCCUCGCCCUUGGGCUGAGAGAGGCAUGGGUUGCGGGGGAAGCAGGACAGAUGCCCUAGAGCCUCGCUACCUGGAGAGCUGGACCAAAGAGACAGAGUCCACGUGGCUGGCUAGCACGGACACGGACAUCCCUCUCUCGUCCAUCCAGAGCAUCCCCUCGGAGAACUCCUCGGAUGUGGGCUUCACCUCUGAGAAAACUGCUAAUAUUGACUUCUUUGAUGACGGCCUCCCUGCCCCUGCCCAGGCCUACCUGAAGGUGUGCUCAGCCAUAUCAGACGUGGGCCUGAAUGAUGCUGAAGUAGGGACCAACCUAGCCAUUCUGCCCCCUCCGGAGUCAACAGCUUCCCCUGGUUCCACCACCGUCCAGAAGAGGAGUGUCUUACGGACAGAAGAGAUAACCAAAUGGCAAGACAACAAGAUGUCCACCAAACAGGUGACUAUCACUGUGACCCAGAGCAUCCGCCAGGUGGACAAGAGCGGGAAGAUCAAGGAGAAAUCUCACACCACUUACGAGGUCAUGACCCCUGUGGAGACACUCAAGGGUACAACUGUGGACUCUGCAGUGAAAUAAGUGGGGAGCAUGUUCUUCUAAGGGCUUUGCCGAAAACCAGACAUUUCUGAUUCACCACCUCUGGCUGAUACAAAGGCUUUGAGUGCAGGUGGGACAAUGAGGACCAAAAGAGCCACAGACGGAGAUGGCUUUUAGUAAUCUCAUACACUGUUAUCUUAGUAAGUUGAAAAAGGGCCCGUAGCAGUUUCAAAUGUUUUUUGUUCAGUUUUUUCAAAAUUAUUAUUUGACGUCGGCCGUUUUGUGGCUUCACUGUGCAGAAAAGAGGUAUUUGACAGGGGGUUUUUCUUAAAAAAAGUGCUCUGAAUGCUGAGAAGAAUGGCAUAAUUCUGGACACCUUCUGGACUUCUGGAUUCUUCGUCUGUGUGAAGGACGACAAUCAACGAUGGGGACUGUGAGCUUGACCAAGCCUUUAAAUGCCUAAAGUUCCUGAUGCUCAACAACACAAGUCAUAUCCUGUGUAGUAUGUUUAUAACACUGAAGCACAGAGUAAUAGUAAGGGGUUUUAAUGGCUAUUUUCAAUUAUGUUUAUUUAAUAUACAAACAAUCUCUUAAGUCUUAGCUUGACCUUUAAUGAGAGGUGGAAUUGAGAAGUAGGAGUUUAGAGUUUUGAAACAUGAAUUGUUGGUUAUGAUUAGUUUUAAUGUGACUGCUGAGGUAAAUGUGCUCUGAAUGCUGAAAAAGAUGGCCUAAUUCUGAACAUCUUUUAGACUCUGUGAAGGACGACAAUCAAACGAGGUGGACUGUGAGCUUGACUAAGCCUUUAAAUGCCUAAAGUCCCUGAUGCCCAACAACACAAGUCAUAUCCUGUGUAGUAUGUUUAUAGCACUGAAGCACAGCGUGACAGUAAGGGGUUUUAAUGGCUAUUUUUAAUUAUGUUUACUUAAUAUACAUAAAACCUGAAUCACUGAAGUCUUAGCUGGACCUUUAAUGAGAGUCGGAGUUGAGAAACAUGGGUGAUGAGAUCCCAGCUGUUUAUAUAAUUGUUUUGGGAACUGAAUUAGACAAUUGUGUAUCUUAAAUGCAGGAGCAAGAACAUGCUGUCCACUCAGUUUUGCUCUAUGUGAUGUGCAGUGCACAGAAUCCAUGCGCUAACGUGUGCAUUUGUGUUGUUUUGACCAUCAGGUAUCCGGUGAUGUCUGUGUGUUUGUCUGCUCAUUUACCAAGAACAUGCUUUGAAGUGAGCCGCAUGUCAAAAUAACAUUAUCUUGGCCUAUGUUGUGAUUCACAUUUCCAGUCAAAAGCAUUCAUUAUUAAACUGUACCAAGAAGAGCAA